CACCCGUGCGCGUAGUGCGGGUUGCGUGGCAAGUGCGUGAUUUUUUGGUCGAGAGAAGAGCGUAUGUUACGUCGACUUACCUAUAUGUGUGUGUGUGUGUAUGUGUGUGAUUGUAGUGGUCAGGUCAGGUGGGCGAAUAUUGUAGAACGCAAAGAGAGAAAGAGAGAAAAAGACGGUAAAAGAGAUGUCAUAAGAAACACUCGAAACCCGCUGAACCAUGGCAACGGGUGCUAAUUGAAGCUAUCUUUGCAGGGCGUGAAUUGUAAGAGCUUCAUCGUCGUCGUGUGCUGAGUGGCGGUGUCGAGUGGUGUGCCCCCUCACACGCGGGGAGGAAACAAUCGGAGGAACGUUUGUGCACAGUGUAUUUUUCACGGCAGUAGGUGAAUUUUCGCCCACAGGUGUGUCGCGCGGUGUGCGUUUGUGUAUGUCCUGAAGGUGCACGUGGGGUGUAUCAGUGGCACACACACACAAAAAAAGGCGAAAAAGGCUCGGUUUUUUCCACUCGCUGUAACAACACACAACCCAUCCGAGUGAGCGGAUCCGCCACUCACCCGAGCGAGAGCGAGUGAGAAGUGAAAGAACGCAGUUGUUCUCUCUUGUUCGUGCCGGUGCGUGCGUGCGUGCGUGUCAGUUCUGUGCGUGUAUCUGUGUGUGUGUGUGUGUGUUCUAGGGUGUACGUAGUGUGCGCAAUAGUGAGCAAGUGUGUUCGAUCGUCCACUUGUGCGUGAUUACGAUACACAUUGAAAGCUUUGCAGGAGCAAGAAGAGUGUGUUUGUACGCGUUUAAAAGCCGGUUUAAAGUGUGCUUUUGUUUUAAUGUGUUAAUUGUGGUGAUAAUUUGUGUGUUCGUUCUUUUUUUUUAUUCCUAAAAAGUUUCAAAAAGUAAAGCAAACCUCAUUUCAACAACAACAACAAAAUACUUAUUCCAACGACACAUAAAAGGUGCUGCAAAAGUUGUGUAAAAGUGCCCAGUGAGUUGAAGCGAAUUCGCGAAACACACGCUUCCCGUGCGUGUGAUACAGCGCUUCUCCCAUUCCACCCACAAACCACCCACCGUCGUCGUCGUCGUAUAGGUUCUUCUUUUCUUUGUUUCUCCGGCGAAUGGUGGACAUGUCAUGAGAAUUAAUCGUAUCGAAGAUAGAAUGGAUGACAACAGUUCGCUCGGUCACCAGAACGGUGGCGGAAGUGCAGUUGGCCAGCUGGGCGGUAUCGGCGGUGGUGCGGGCGGUGGCCAGGGCGGCGGAACCGGCGGGCUCGGUGACAUGUCGGGCGGUGGUGGGGCCGGCAGCGGCCUAGUCGGCAAGGGUGGCGCGGGCGGCGGCGGCGGCAUGGUCGGGGCCGGCCAGUGCGACGAUCAGAACAACAAAACGCCGACCCAGUACUCGAUCCCGGGCAUACUGCACUUCAUCCAGCACGAGUGGGCCCGGUUCGAGCUGGAGCGUUCGCAGUGGGACGUGGAUCGUGCGGAGCUGCAGGCAAAGAUUGCUGUACUGGUGGGCGAACGCAAGGGUCAGGAAUCCCUCAAAUCCGACCUGAUCCGGCGCAUCAAGAUGCUGGAGUACGCACUGAAGCAGGAGCGCGCCAAGUUUCAUCGACUAAAGUACGGCGUCGACCCACCGAUGAACGAUAUCAAACCGCCAACCGAUGAGCCGGGCAUUGGAACAGAAGUAGCUCCCGAUCCGGAGGUACCGUACAGUUCCGUGUCGAACAUUACCUGGCGGCAGGGCCGGCUGCUGCUGCGCCAGUAUCUGCAGGAGAUUGGCUACACCGACACAAUCCUGGACAUACGCUCGAACCGGGUGCGGUCGCUGCUGGGGCUGAACAACAACAGCGAGCAGGAGGAGAAUGUCAAUCCGAACGUGAACGGCGGUACGGAAUCGAACAAGCGUGCCAGCGAGUCGCAAGGACGCCGAACUCCGGCCAAAAAACCAUCCUCCGUCACGGAAGCGAUGAUACUCGACUCGGAGGCGGCGGUCAUCGCGAACUUCGAGUUUCUGGCCCGGGAGGAUGUGGAGAUGUCGGACGACGACGACGUGUCGGACGAGAUCGAUGUGGUUGGGGACAGCGAGGACACGGACAUGAAAACGACCAAACGGAAAGCCAAAGGAAGCACUUUGAAUGACGAUAUGGAUGCGGAGGCGGAUGAAGUAAUCAAUGAGUUAAAUCCAUUAACAGAAGGUGAGGAUGUUAUUAUGGCGCAGGACAAAGGUAGCAUUAGCGAGGUGGACGUCGCCGGAGAUGAUCUUUAUGGCGGAUACAAUAAAACGGGCAUGCCGCGCCAUCCGACGAUACCGGGCAUCGGCAACGACGAGGAGGUCGACUCGUCGCUCGGCGAGCUGGCCCAGCUGACGGUGAACAACGAGACGGAGUCCGGGUACGACGUGUCCAACUCGAAGGAGCCAUACCGCAAAACGUGGAACGCCAAGUACACGCUCCGCUCGCACUUUGACGGCGUGCGGGCGCUCGCGUUCCACCCGCAGGAACCGGUCCUGAUCACUGCCUCCGAGGACCACACGCUCAAGCUGUGGAAUCUGCAGAAAACGGUGCCAGCGAAAAAGUCUGCUAGUCUCGACGUGGAGCCCCUGUACACGUUCCGCUCGCACAGCGGCCCGGUGCUGUGUCUGGCCAUGUCCGCCACCGGCGAACAGUGCUACUCGGGCGGGCUGGACGGUGCGAUCAACUGCUGGAAUCUGCCGAGCUCGAACAUCGACCCGUACGACAGCUACGAUCCGGAGGUGAUGCGCUGCACGAUCGACGGCCACACGGACGCGGUCUGGGGGCUGGCGGUGAACCACGCGAAGAACACGCUCGUCUCCUGCUCGGCCGACGGGACGGUGAAGCUGUGGUCACCGUCGGGCAAGAUACCGACCAACAGCACCACCUUCACGUCGGAAACGGAGGGCGUCCCGACGUCGGUCGACUUCGUGAAGGACCAGAUCGACCGCAUCGUGGUCGCGUACAGCAGCACGCACUGCAUCAUCUACGACACGGAGACGGGCAAGCAGGUGGUGAAGCUCGAGGCGAGCCAGGAGAUGACCGGCAAUCUCGGCAAGCACAUCAACAAGGUGAUCAGCCACCCGACGCUGCCGGUUACGAUUACCGCGCACGAGGACCGGCACAUCCGGUUCUGGGACAAUGGGACCGGCUCGCUGGUGCACUCGAUGGUGGCCCACCUGGACGCGGUCACCAGCCUGGCGAUCGAUGCGCACGGGCUGUACCUGCUGUCCGGCUCGCACGACUGCUCGAUCCGGCUGUGGCACAUGGACAACAAAACGUGCGUGCAGGAGAUCACGGCGCAUCGGAAAAAGUUCGACGAAAGCAUACUGGACGUCGCCUUUCAUCCGUCGAAACCGUUCAUUGCCAGUGCUGGCGCUGACGCCAUAGCGAAGGUGUUCGUUUAAUAUCUCCCCUGCACACUCACCUGGGGACCAGCACCACCACCACCACCACCCGGACGCGUAUUGUCGUCGUCGUCGUCAUUGUGAGCAAAGCCAGAGGCGCGUGUGCGGCGGUGGUAUUAUUAGAGCCUGGGGGAGCGUUCAAAGGAGGGGGAUGGGCAAAUCCGUAAGACUAGCGCGCGCCCGUGCGGUCGCUUUAUGUGUGUGCGUGUAUGUUUAGUUUUUAAAAUCAUACUUCUGAUAUAGUUAUAUACACAGUACUAAAAAAAUGUUUGUUUUAUCCCAAAUUAGACAACGGACGAGCGAAAAACACAUACAGACAGGCACACACACACAUACACACAUACAUAUAUACACAUUUACAACACUAACUGCUAACAACGGUGUGGACAAACGGUAAAAGUAGAGAAGGUUCUACGCUACGUUGUUAAAUAGUAUCGAAAAGUCGAAACAAACUAUUACAGCUAAUCAAAUACGAGCAGAAGUAACAGACGAACAGUUAGAUAAUGUUAUGAGUGUACGUGUGUGUGCGUGCGUGUAUGUUUGUAUAACGCUUGUGGCACGUAAAUUGAUAAGAGAGAUGCGCACGUUAAAUCCUACUCUAUAUACGCCUUGAGAGGCGCACUAAAAGCGUUUUGUAUCGAACGAAUGACGCGGAAAGGAUGAUAGACGAGUAAUUCUAGUAACGAUACAUUUAGCAAUUUCAUACUCACAAACACACAGACAGACAGCAGACGCAGUCCCGAUCCCGACAUGCAAGUAUGAAUUUGUUUGGGCGGGGUUUGCGAGUAUUACGUGAAUUUUUUGUUUUCGGGAAAUCAGUCAUGGAAUGACAUGCGUGAGGGGGAUGCAUAAUUAGCAAAAGUUGCACUUGCUGCAUCCGCUUGGUGUGAGAUUAUUUCCUAUUUUCUCAUAACUUUUAUGAUUUUCGACCUUGGAAUGUGUAAAUAACACAAUAGUCUUUCGUGUGUUUUUUUUCUCUGUGUAACUUUGCAUUUCAAAAACCCCCUAAACAAACAAAAAAUGUGGGCAAAUGCUGGCAAAUGUAACUCGUGUAAAGACGCCUUUUAUUUUACCCUUGCUUGGACUGUGUCCAGCUAAUCACUGUUGCAAAUGGACUAAUUUGGCCUGCAAAACACAACCGUGUGUGUAAAUGGUUUAUUUUUUAAAAAUCAUUUCAAAAUGAUCACUUAUCACCGCACCCCAAAUCAUCAGUACUAUGAUAAUUAAGCUGCUCAUCGUGACGAUGGUUAAUUAUCUCACUGUCCCCCUUUUUUUGACGUUUGUUUUAAUGAAACGAAGCUGAAAACGGUUCAGAACAAUGUGCGCAACCCAUUCUCAUUUUAGUUGAUUGUGCUGCUUUUCCUACUUCCGAUCAGACCGAUGUAGUUGCAAUAAUUCAAACAAAAAAAUAUAUGCACACACACACACACACACACACACACACACACACACACACACAUUCACACACAUCUCACACUUCCUCCUUACUCUCUCAUACAAGCGAAAAUUAGAAUAAACAAACAGUAAAUAGUAAAAAAAAUACGCAAACGAAUCAGAAUUUGGUGGGGAUGGAUGAUGGUGGUAAAACAUUACAUGCACCUCGACAUAAUUUACCCGGCAUACCGGCAUACCACGAGAACGAGAAUAUACGAGUGUGCGGGUAUUGACAGGAAGCACUUACGGGAAAGCUGCGAAACGAGGUGUAGUAGUGGGUUGGUAGUGGAAAGAGUACAACAGUGGACAAAUGACAACACUGCUCGAUCGAGGUUCGGUUCAAGGAUCGGUUGAUCGUAUAAAGGGGGGGGGGGGGGGGGGGGGGGGUGGAUCAUUGAGAUACAACCUGAUGCAAGCACUAUUACAUUUUCUUAUAAAAUGAGGAAAACAGAGGGUAAAGCUUAGGUAGUUCACACUCACCCCCACAAACACACACACCCAUACAUACAGAUAACAACAUGCUGUUUGAUUUGAUAUUUCGUUUUACUGCGUAUGCGCAUGUAUGCACCUGUGCAUGUAAGAGGGGUAACAAAUGGGGGGAAGGAAAGCUCCCAAGGAAAGCUAUAGAGUGGCACGUUUGCAAGCUAACAAUAGCUUGGUUAUGAAGACGCGCCCUCCUUGCACGCAAGGGCGGAUAAAAGUCGUCCUCAUAACUCAUAGAAAAUAUUAAAUCUUACCCCCCGAAUUUUAAGGCGCGCGCCGUAAACAAUGGUAUCGAAUAUGUGUUAGAGCAAAUACAAGCAAAAAGGAUCAUAUUUAGUAGCCCUGUUGUGUGCUGUGGAUCGUAGAGGCCGGAUGGUGGUAGACAGCAUCGUCUGUGCGGCACUACUUACAACUUACGCCAGUGCUGCACCACCACCACCACGCACCACGCUCUGGAUGCUAAUAGUAAAUUGCACUAUAAUACACCCAAAAAGGAGUUCAAGGAGGCAAAGAGCUAAGGCAAAAGCGGAAAACAGCAGCAAACAGACACGAUUAUACUAUAUAUGAUAAGAGUUAGGAAUGCGGAAUGGUGGGAUACUGAACGAUGGGAGUGCAUAGUGUGCAACAGCAAUCAGCAGACGAGGAGAGCACGAGAUCGGUACGUGUGUGUGUGUGUGUGUGUGUGUGUGUGUGUGUGUGUGUGUGUGUGUGUGUGUGUGUGUGUGUGUGGUGUGAUUGUGACUGAAAGAAAUAGAAAGAAGCAGCGGUGGGAAGAGGCAGUAAUAGAAGCAAGGAAGUAAGUAGAACGAAACAACAAAUUAUAAUAACCCACACACACACACACACACGCACGCACACGUUGCGCGCAUUAUGAUAUGAUAUGGGAAAUUGUAUUUAUUUUACUCAAACUCUCUCCCCAACUCUCCCAACACCACCACUCUCCGCAAAAUGCAAAGAAAAAACGCGAAAAUAUGUUGUUAAAGAUUUUGAUUUAUUAAUAAAGUGUAGAGUAAUUAUGAUUUCA